AUGGCGAUGCCUUCGACGCAUGUUCGCCCGCUGUUCUUCCUCCAACACCAAUCUGCUGCCGGCUCUAAAGACAGUGGCCAGCUCAAUGCAGAGGCACGUGCUCACGUCGCACGCCAGGCUGCCCUCAAGGAGGCCAAGAAGCCAAAAACUCUGCAGUUCAUAACAUGUGGCCCGGGAACAAAGCCUCGCCGAAAUCCCUAUCGCCUCACUGGCGAGACCGACGACCCUGAGGGGGACAGGGAUAUUCGGCACUUGAGAGCCAGCCACCGGUGCAAAAUCCCGCUCAGUCCAAAAAAGGCCGCGAGCUUCGAUCCAUUUGACUCUCUUGCUGUUCCAGAACCGGCGAGAGAAGAGCAAUUUCUGCUUCACUAUGCCUUCAACAGGACGUUGCCGGCGUUUGGGGAGUCAGAAACUUACAAACGUGAUUUUGCUCACUCGUGGAUAACAAGAACCAUGGAAUCUCCCUUGGUUUUCUACGCCCAGAUACUUGGAUCUUCUACUCAUUACUCCAUUUCGUCGCCUGGUGCUGAUGGACAGAGCCGCAUCAUAAGAGGGUUGCAACGAAAGAUUCAAGCCAUUAAAGCUCUGAGAACCAAGAUAGAGCAGUACAAGCCAGGUUCUUCUGGAGUUGACCAGGGUCUCCUUCUCGCCAUCUUCAUUCUCGCGAUUCAUGGAAACUUUGACCUGACGGAUAGACCUGAGCCGCACCCCUUGUCUCCGAUGGCUACCUACCGCGACAUGAACAUCUAUGGUAGAAUGACAUUUGGUGAGGAGCAUAUCAAUGCACUCUAUUAUCUUGUAGAGCAAAACGGAGGAAUCUCAUGUGUCGACCCGCAUGCUUUUGGAUACGUGCUACCUCUGUUUGAUAUCGUCUACAGUGCCCGGGCGGGGUGUGUGCCCAGAUUUUCUUGUCCGCGCCAGCUAGAACCACUGCUCGGUGGCAAUUCAUGGAAGCCUGAUGCACAAGCCAGUAAAAUGCUCACAACAUAUGGUCAGCGUCUACGACUAAAUCCCGACGGGGUGAUACCCAUAUAUCUGGAUCAAAGCCUGGUCAAGGUCUUUCAGGUCAUGUCAGAAGUCACUGUUGGCCUCGAUCAUUACUGCCGUGGUGGAGAGGGGGCACCGGGUUCACUGGAUGUGCUGCUUAACAACUGCGACUGGGCAGCCCACACCACCCUAUCGUUAUCUCCCUACACAUCAAUGCCCACAGAAGGCGAAGAUGGAGAGUCAGGAAUCGAUGUGUCAUGUACGCUUCGCGAGAUUUGCCGGCUUUGUGCGCUCCUCCAUGUUGACAUGGUCCUACUUCCAACGCCACCUCACACAGGCAUCAAGCUACGCCACGCAAAGAGUAUUUUGCGCUUAUUGAAGCUGCUGGAUAAACAAGGGCCCAUCGAGGAUGUCCAAGUCUCAGAGAUCUUGACCUGGGCGACAGUCCUGGGUGCAAUUGCUACCAGAUUCACAGAGCUUGAGGGCCGCUAUCGCACCCGCGUUGAGAAGCUCGCGCAGAAAACAGCCUGGGACGUUGUCAAACCUUGUUUCGAACAGCACUUGUGGUUUGCCCCGGUAUAUGACGGUCCAGCCUGUGGUCUAUGGCGCGAGGCAGCGGAAAGGAUAAGCCAUGGUGAUGAGGAACUGACUCUUGGGGAUAAGGAAGAAAAAGGUUCUCCGUCAAGUGUUGAUUAA